GGCUCAGGCUCAGGCUCAGGCUCAGGCUCGGGCUCGGGCUCGGGCUCGGGCUCGGGCUCGCUGAGGGCCGGGACGAUGAUGGCGUACUUCGUGGAAAACUUCUGGGGGGAAAGGAACAAUGGCUUUGAUGUCCUCUAUCACAACAUGAAACAUGGACAUCUGUCAACAAAAGACUUAGCAGAAUUUAUAAGAGAAAGGGCUACCAUAGAGGAGGCAUAUUCAAGGUCAAUGACAAAACUAGCUAAAUCAGCAGGCAAUUACACACAGCUUGGGACAUUUGCACCAGUUUGGGAUGUUUUCAAAACCUCAACAGAAAAGCUAGCAAGCUGUCACUUGGACCUCAUGCGGAGAUUACAAGAGCUAAUAAAAGACAUUCACAAGUAUGGAGAUGAACAAAUCAAAACUUAUAAAAAGACUAAAGAUGAUGUUUCAGGAACGUUGGAAGCAGUGCAAAAUAUUCAAAGAAUCACUCAGGCCUUACAGAAAUCAAAGGAAAGCUACAAUGCAAAGUGGGUCGAACAAGAACGUUUGAAAAAGGAAGGAGCAACACAGAGAGAAGUUGAUAAGGCAGCAGUUAAAACGAAAAAAGCUACAGAUACCUAUAAACUAUAUGUGGAGAAAUAUGCUGUGGUUAAAUCUGGUUUUGAACAGAAAAUGACAGAAACUGCACAGAAAUUUCAAGAUAUUGAAGAAACACACCUUCUUCAUAUGAAAGAGAUUAUAGAAUCAUUGUCAAAUACAAUAAAAGAAAUUCAUUUACAAAUAGGAGAGGUGCAUGAAGAGUUUAUUAAUAACAUGACAAAUACUACAGUUGAGAGUUUAAUACAGAAAUUUGCUGAGUCAAAAGGAACUGGCAAGGAAAGACCUGGCCCUAUUGAAUUUGAAGAAUGUAACGCAUCCAGUGCAGUUGAAGGGACAAAAGCACGGAAGAGGAAGCCUUUUGGUUUAUCAGGAAUAAUGAAGAAAGAAAAAGAUACUGAGUCUGUGGAGUGUCCAGAUACAGACUCAGUUGUCAGGUUGAGCCAUUGGAGUGAAACACAACUGGAUUUGAUGUGCUGUGUUUAUUUUCUUCCUUGUUUAUUUUGGUCUCUACAUUUAAAAAAAAUAAUUCAACAAAUUCAUCUGUAAAUGUGUCUGACAUUCUGGCUGUAUGAGGCACACCAUAUGAUUAUUUAAUUGUUCUGUCUAGAUGCAAUUUUCAUAUGGUUAAAAAAAAAGACUAAACUUUCAUAGCGUCUAUACAAAACUGAUACUUUUGUUGCAUUCUCUUUUUUUUAAUGCCCAACAUUUUAUGAAUGCAUUUGGAAUUUAAAAUGUGGUCUAUCAUUUCUUCCUGCUUUUUACAAGCAACAGUAUUAUUCAGAAUGGUAGAAUGCUUUAAUAGCAGAAGCUAUUACAGUCCUUCUCAUGAAAAAUUAUGUAGCAUACCAUAGCACCCCUUACAAACAAGCCCCCCAGAGUACUUUUAUAUUUUAAGGCUGGCAUCCUCUUCUAGAAGGUCCCAUUUCAAAUGUUUUUCAUUAUUCUUGUCUUUUACUGUAAGAUUUCCUUUCUGUUUCAUUUUUCAAGCUUGAUCUAAAUAGUUAUAGCCAUCUAUAUUUUUAUCUCUAUGAGGAUUUGUUUUGUAUGCAUCUUUGAGAUAAAUUACACAUUUCAAGCAAUUGAACUUGGAAAAAUAUUAUUGAAAAAAAAAACAAACUAAAGGAACUGUCUUUUUUUGUUUGAUUGCUAGAAAAUACUGAGGACCAGCCCUCAGAAAAUUCAACUUACUUAAGGUGUCCCAAUUAUGAUUUUGGUCAGCUUUGGUCACUCACAGAAAAUCUCUAUGUCUGUCUUUUAUAUUAUUAACAUGAUCUUUUUUUAAAAUGUGCCUUUUGUUUAUUUGUCAAGAAUUUUAAAUGUUGUUCUCUUGUGUGAAAAGAAUGUAAGAGAAAACCACUCUACAAUUAUUUAUAGCUAUAAGCACUGAGGCAAAUAUAAUGAAAUUUUAGAAAUUAAGGAUCCGGUAAGAACUGAAUUCAAUACUAUACCAGUUCUAUGUGAUAUUGUGGAUCUUUCGAUGUAGCCAAUACCAUUAGGGCCUUCUCACUAGUCCAAAAUGUAUAAUGCAGUGUGUUCUAACUUGUAUUUGCUGUUUUCAGAAAACAAAGCAGUGAGAUGGUCCUAAGAAAUGUCUUUUGUAUCAAAAAUGGAAGUUCUCAAAUUUAUCUUUGGCAAGCUAUCUGCUUAUGCUCGUCCUUUUUUUUGUAGCCACCAGUUUACAUAUAUUGGAAAAUAUAGUUUUAAUGCAUAUGAAUAAAUUGCUAUUUCCUGUCAAUAAUUUUUGUAACUGUUAUAAGGGUUUUUUAUGUGAUCAUGAGUAGGAAGGCAGCUGUGAACUGAGAACUGGUAUUUGUUAAAAAGGUUGACCGCUUCAAUAAGCAGUCUCUGUUUAAAUAUAGAUUACAGUAUGUCAUGAGAUUCAAAAUUCCUGUGCUUUUAUAUGUCUAUCUACACAUGUAACUUCCAUUAAGUUAAGCCUUGAUAAUUAAGGAAAAUAGAACACUAGAAAGAGAUAGCAACUGAAGUUUGGCUCUGUGCAUUUAUUACCUAGCAAGUUGCUCUAUGGGCAGAACUAAUUGUCUUGUUUCCCAUGGGUUUGCCAUGUCUCUAGGGAUAGUCUAUAGGAAGAUACGAGCUCUAGUAGAAACUUUUCUUCUGGAGAAGCAUUUACAAGGUUCCACUGGUGUCCAGUAAGAUCUGAGUUUGGAUUGCAGCCCUUCCCUUGGUUGGGAUACUUGUAGAUCUUUCUUCUACUUGACUGCCUAUUUUAAUGAAGACUGUAGUAAUGUUAUCUUUGAGUCCUCUAUUCUUUCUGUCAAAUCAAUUUGAAAUUGUUCAGUAAGUUCAAAAGUAAUUAAGAAGGGAGCCACAGAUGCACAGAAAAUAAUGCUGAACCUUUUUUCAUAAUAAACUGGAAUGCAAACAAAUAUAUCAAGGCAUCCAAAACUUUUCAUUAACCUCUUUACAUAUGAGUGUAGCAUAAUUAAGGUUAUAUAGAUCUAUACACCAUUUUUAUUGCUAGGGACUGAUUGAAUUUGGAACUUUCAAACUCUAAUUUGUGGAACACAAGUGUAACCUUUAGUGAAAUUAAUUUUUUUUAUUUGCAUUUUGUAAUGUUUAGUUCUGACAUAUUUUGAAUAGCUGCCAAUGAUACAGGGUACGAGACUUCGUAGUCACAGUACAAGAUAGCAGAAGCACUUUGGAUACCUGAUUUUCUUUCUGCAGAUCUGGCAAUGGAAGAAAGUGACUGGCUGCUCUUUGUGUAUCUUUUGGGUUAAUAGGCACCCUAAGGAGAGGAAGCUGAGAAUAUGUUAUACCUCUGUCUUAACCUAAGGAUAAAUAAAUACGUCAAAAGUGGACAGGCUCUUUUUAUUCCUGUUUGAGUUAUAAGCUUCAACUGCUUACUUUGAGUUCACUUUGGUCCUCAUCUGGAUGUACAGGAAGUCAGUCCAGUUCAGUAAAAUGAUAGAAAGUUCAUCUGGCAAAAAAAGACAGUGAGCUGUUCAGCUCAGUGGUAUCUUGAAGCAUAUUCUGAGGAAAACUUGAUAAGCAGCUCUUAUAACCACUGUAGAUAUCCCAGGAGAAGAGAAAUGGGCAGAAAUCAAACGGAAAUGCAGUUAAGCUUCUUUGUUUCUUGACCCAUUGACCAACCUGUGAGCAGCGCUAAUGUUGCUGAGGAAGGGCCAAAUGAAGUAGCUAGACUACAAUAUGCUCCACAUGUUCCUUUCUUUGUACAUACCUCAGAGGAACCAAUUACAUGGUUAUGGUGUGGCUUCUUCCAUUGCUUUUUGGAUGCCAGAUGGGACAGAGGAAGGAAACUGAGUCAAAGUAUUGACCAAAACUCUAAAAAUAAGUUUUGGGAGUAGAAUGCUCAGUCCUCAUGCUUUUUGUAUAGGCAGUUUUACUUUGUUAUUUAUUAUGUCCUUAUGUUUUAUUUCUUUAAAAAUAUUAUUCACCCCAGAAAGUUUGUAGAACAUACUAAUGCAAAGGCAGAGUUAUAAACCCUAAAUUUUUUAUGUAUAUUUAAAACUAUAAAACUUCUACUGCUGUUACAAAAUGUAGAUUAGUAAAUAAAAUGAUGAUGUUUCAGAAAGCAGAACUGUCCAAGUGGUCAAAAUCUUGAAAACAAUAUUUUGAAAUUACUUCCUAGCUUGUAAGUAAGCUUUUUGAGGUACCAUUUUGCUUGUAUGACACAUCUUGUCUUUGUCAAUACAAAGGUGCAUUAAGUACCUCUUCCACCCAUUGGCAUUUUUAUAAGAAAUUUAUAACUGGUGAAAUUUUGAAGACAUCUGGGUUAUGUUUUUUGUAAUAAACUUACUGUAGCAUCUCAGCAGUUCACAUAGACUAACUAUGCAUGCAAAGUCGUGAGUGGGCUUUUCUUUUUCUGUUUUGUAUGGGGAAAGUAUCUGUGUAUCCAAGUCUAUCCCUUUAUAUAUAAUAUAUGAGUGUGGGGUUUUGCACAUUUUCAAAAUUUAGAUGAUCAUAUUAGAGACUUGUUUCUCUCUGUCUCAAAGCACUUUUAUGAAAUUAAGCACUUAGCUAAGAAAUCUAAAUUAAUUUAAGCAUAAUUCUCUUCGAUUAAUAUUUAAUUGCCUGCAAGAACUGAAAAACUGAACUAGUUUGAAGUUCCCAGGUGCUUACUAACUUUAAAAAUCCAGGACGGUGCUGGAGGUACAUAAAUGAAAACUUUGGAAUCUGAUUUUGAGCACUUGUAUUUUAAGUUUCAUCCAUGCAUUUUAAUUAAUGUGGAUAUUUUUUGCUAAAGCAACAGUACAGGCUUGCUGUCUUUUCAGGGGGGAGAGAGGAAGUUGCAACCUGUAUAACUUGGAAUGCUUUUACUCACAUAUUAAAGUACUGACUAUUACUUAGGAAGGGCUAUGUUCCUGCACCAUCAGAGCCUCCAGUGGCUUAGCUGAAAGAAUUAGAAGUAGAAAUUGGGAAAAUAUUUGGGGCUGAGAGGAUUGUAGGCUUAUUUAGCACUCAGUAAUAAAGUUAAAAUGCUUCUGUUGGUUUCUGACCUUUUUGACAUAAUACCAGUAAAAGCAGAUGCAUUAAAACUUGCCAGUUUUCAUAGGAAAUUUGGAGGUUGUUUUGUUGCAUUGUGUUCCUGAGGUAUCUUAUCUUUCACACUACUGCUGAACUAUAGAGCAUAACUUAUAACUGUAAUAAUUAAUAAUGAAUAACAAUGGCUUUCAUGAGGUGUUGUAAUCAAAUUUUAAUUUGUCAAUGAGAUAAGAUUCAGUCUGAUGUAAGAACAACAUAUAUUUUUUAGUUAUUU